CGGCCCUCCGGCGCCCCACCCAAGUUCCUCCCCCCCGCCGCGGCGCUGGUUGGGAUUUCAUCGUCCUGCUUGACGCCUCUGCGCUUUUUCGUCGAUAUAGUUUAACUUGGUUUAGAUUUUUCCUUCUCCAGUUUCUCCAUUUCUUUCUGUCCUCGUUUUCUUGCCACUUUGGCUCCAAUUUUUAACUGCGUUUCCUCAUUCUAUUUUCACUGAAAUCAUCUUGUUGACCCUCAUGUGUGAUUUAGAAUUUUCUUAGAUCCUUAGAAUUUCUUACCUUCUCUUUCAAAUUUUUGUAAUCCACCUUGGUCUCAUGUGUGUAUUUUCUUAAAUUUUCAAGUUAUUUGAUAUAUUUAUUUUCGAUUUAUUCUGUUUUUUUUUUCUUCUCGUUCUUCAGAUACCACCUUACCUGUGCCGUACUAUUUAGGCUUGCUGGCCUUGGAUCAUAUCGCCAAACUCUCCACAGCUCUGCUCCUCGUCUUCCUCGGCCGCCCCCUCCUGGCGCGGCGGCGCGAGGUAUAAAGAGGCGGGUGACGGCGGCGUCCGCGAGCCUCUCCACUCACUCACGGAGCAGGACACUCGCUCUCGCUGGCGAUGACUCGAGCGGCGACCGCGUUGGCGCUGGCGCUGGCGCUGGCGGCGGUGGCUUUGAGGCUGGCGGCCGCCCAGGACGCCGUCGCAGCUGCAUACGGAAAAAAAUAUGGUUACGGCGGCUAUGGUGGCUACGACGGUUAUGGCGGAGGCUACGGAGGCUACGGAGGCUACGGCGGCCACGGCGGCGGCUACGGCUACGGCGGGAGCUAUGGCGGCGGUUACAGCGGCGGCUACGGCUACAAGCACUACGGGUAUGGCGACUACGAUCGUUACGGGGGCCCUGGUGGGUAUGGUGGUGGCGGGGGCUACUAUCCUAACGGUGGCUACGGCGGAUACGGAGGCUACGGGCAAGGCGGGUUCGGGGGAGGGUCGCACUCGCACAGCCAGUCGUCCAGCGUGAGCUUCGGAGCCAACUUCGGAGGCGUCGGAGGCAGCUUCUCGGCCAGUCAAGCCAGCUCCGGAGCGGCCAGCUACGGGUGAGUGACGCGUCCUGUGCGCCGCUCCACAGCGCCAGCGCGCACCUGAGCCAAGCUGCACACUUCGCCGGCGCUAAGCCGUUCCCUUGCAUUCCACCUAAACUGUACGCAUUGUCUUGAGCUUAGCGACACAAUACUAUAACGCCUGCGCUCCGUCGCACACCUUCCAUUCCAGCCAAGCCGGCCUCUGUCUUCAAUCGUAUUUGACUUGAGCUGAGCUGUCCUGGUAUACUACAUUCUUUGAGCUGAACGCUCUCUGAUUUCUUCAUACCCAUCUGAGUUGUAUACUUUGACUCGAGCUGCGUCUUCUGCGGUCUUCUCAUGUUUAUGUUCGAACUUUGCUGAAUGUCGACUGCUUCGCUUCAGUUGCUGAAUUGAGCUGUGCA